AUGUUCGCCACCAAGACGUUCUUGUCCUCUGUAUUCCUCGCCAUCGCGUACGCGUCCUGGGCGAACGCCAUCCAGGAGCGCGACAUCCAACCCUCUUUGAGUACUCGUCAUGUCCACCACGUACGCCGCGACUUCAAGGUCGAUGUAUUCCAUCCCGCUUCUACGUUUGAGACCUUUGGAACUGGGCUUGAGACCGACGUCUCGAUUGAGGCUCGCGCGCCAACGGACCUGAACUCUACUGCACUCGCCUUCGUUCAAUCACGGCUCGGUGUUGAUGCCAGCUCUGUCGGCUUCAAGAGCGGAUUCACGGCCAGGAAUGAGAAGUUCGCCUACGUCAAGCAAUAUCAUGACGGAGUUCCUUUCAUCAACGCCGUCGCGAACGUGGCCUGGAAGAACGACAAGGUUGUGUCCUUUGGCUCGUCGUUCGUCAAACCCCAGCGGUUCGCAUCAACCCGUCCUACUGUUGCUGCCUCCUCCGUCAUCUCCAAGGUCGAAGCCGCCUUUGACGGGAAGUACAACGGGUUCCCCGUCGGCCUGGAAUACCUCGCGCAAGACGACGGCUCAGCUGCCCUUGUGCACACCAUCCAAGUCCAAAACGAGGAAGUGAACAGCUGGUACGAAGUCUACGUCGACGCGCACUCUGGCGAGAUCCUCUCCGCGACGGAUUAUGUCGCCGACGCUUCGUACACUGUCCUUCCUAUUCACAAGAGGGCUCUUCCUGAGGGCCAAGAGACGCUUGUAGAUCCCCAGGAUGACCUUGCUUCCCCCUCCGGCUGGCACACGAUCGGCACCGCUUCGUCCGUCACCACCUCCGGCAACAACGUCGUCGCGUACAAGACGUCAGACACUGGGCUGACGUCGCAGAGCUCUGCCACUCUCAACUUCGACUACCCCUACGACAUCGCUCUCCAGCCUGCCGUGGCUGCGAACCUCGACUCUGCCCGCACGAACGCGUUCUACAUUAUCAACACUGUGCACGACUUCACAUACCGUUACGGCUUCACCGAGGCGGCGUUCAACUUCCAGAACGACAACUUCGACAAGGGCGGUGCGGCCAAUGACCGCGUCAGGGUGUCCGUCCAGGACGCCUCCGGCACCAACAACGCCAAUUUCGCCACCCCUGCUGAUGGCCAAUCAGGAACUGCCCGCAUGUAUAUCUGGACGCAGACCUCUCCUCAACGCGACGGAUCUCUCGAGAACGACAUCCUCGUUCAUGAGAUGACACAUGGCAUCACCAACCGUUUGACUGGUGGAGGUACCGCUCGCUGCCUGCAGACCACCGAAUCUCGCGGUCUUGGCGAGGGUUGGUCAGACGCUCUUGCUGACUGGACUGAGCAAGUUCCAGAGAUCAAGGACUACGUCCUCGGCGACUACGUGACGAACAACCCCGCUGGUAUCAGGACGCGGCCUUACUCCAGGAGCUCCACCGUUAACCCUCAAACGUAUGCUACCAUCCGGGGAAUCACCGCCGUUCACAGAAUUGGCGAGAUCUGGGCCAACACCCUCCACAACGUCCAUGCUGCUCUAGUCGACGAGUACGGCUGGUCUGAAACCGCGAGGACCAACCCGGAAGGCACAGAAGGCAACGUGGUCUACCUCCACCUGUUCCUCGACGCCCUUGCACUACAACCCUGCAACCCCACAUUCGUCAACGCUCGCGCUGCAUGGAUCCAAGCUGAUGCCAACAGGUACGAUAGUGCCAACAGGUGCUUGCUCUGGAGGGCCUUUGCCAGCCGCGGCCUAGGUAUUAACGCUGUGUCCGGCACGUACACGGACAACAACGACAUCCCUGCUGACUGCUAA